UGAUAAGGAGACCAUCCCUAGUUAUCUAAUCGAGCAGGUAUGCGGUUAAACUCUUGUCAAACCCAUUCAAACAACAGACACAAGCAGGCAUGGCAUGCAAAGCAGCAGCUCAGUGAACUGUCAACGGUAUCGACCACCGGACACUUUUCAUUGGCCGCCUCAAACCAAGAGCCCGCCCCAUUGAGGAUUCUCCUGGAAAUCAUUGGUCCACAUUCAUCUAAGCCACGCCCUCAGCAGUGUACGUCACAGGGGCGCUGGAAACUCCAGCAAGUGGAGGGGAUGUUGUGGUUAUCCAUGCCGCCGCCGCCGCCGACGACUUCUCUCUGAGUGUCAUCUUGUCAAGAAGCCCGACGGGAGGAGAGCUCACCACGCAUGGAGUUGAGCUCGGACCCGGCGGUGGCAACCCUGGAGAUGUCGCAGACCCCGAGCCAAGACGACGAGCCCUUCGGUGGCGACGGCGGCGGCGACUACGAGAGCUUGCCACCUCAUGUCUCCGUGACGAGCCACAUGACAGCGGGAGCCGUGGCGGGCAUCCUGGAGCACACGGUGAUGUACCCCGUGGACUCCGUCAAGACCAGGAUGCAGAGCCUGCAGCCAGACCCAAAUGCACAGUACAAGGGUGUGUAUCAGGCUCUGAGAAGGAUCAUACAGACGGAGGGGCUCCUCAGACCCCUCAGGGGCCUCAACAUCACCAUGAUGGGAGCGGGACCGGCUCACGCGCUCUACUUCGCCUGCUACGAACGGGUCAAACGCUCACUGAGUGACGUCAUGCAGAGCGGAGGCAACAGCAAUUUAGCCAAUGGUGUAGCGGGUAGCGUGGCCACGGUUCUCCACGAUGCCAUCAUGAACCCGGCUGAAGGUAAGAGAAAAGAUUUCAUUGCGCCCUUUUUAAAAGAACAGCAUUCUCUAUAUCCAUCUCUCAGCAUCUCUGAGCGUUUCUCAGCAUCUCUGAGCGUCUCUGAGCGUCUCUCAGCGCCUCUUGUCGUCUCUCAGUGUCUCUCAGCAUCUCUGAGCGUCUCUCAGCGUCUCUGA